AUGUCCUCGGACGACUUGUUCCUCAACCUGCUCCGGCCCGCCGUACUCCACAUCCUGCGCGCGUCCGGCUUCCACUAUGGCAAACCUUCGGCUGUCGACACCGUCGUAGACCUCACGGCACGCUACCUCUCCCUGCUUGCAGAGCGCACAGCCUACAAUGCAUUCUCCAACCACAACGACUCCACACCAAACAUCACAGAUGUGCGCAUGGCCAUGCAAGACUGCGCGCUGCUGGUGCCUACUAUGACGGCAGGAGAGGAGGAAUGGAAGCAGAUUCUGCGCAAACCUCUCGACUUCUACAACGAAGAGACGGGUGCACGCGCCAUGGAGGAACAGCGACGCGACGCCGAGGACACAGCCGACGUAAGGGAAUUUAUCGACUGGGUCAAGGGUGAUCAAAACAAAGAGAUCAUGCGGAUAGCGGGCACCCUCAAAUCGGUGGCCACGAACCCGAUUGAUCAGCUCGAUCAGCUGGAGAUGGAGGAUUACCUGAACACACUCAUGAAGAAGCACAGCAAGACUGGAGUCGAGUCGCGAUUUCAGGGAACUGUUCUGGGCGUCCCAUCCGAGCCAAAGACUAUCAAGAUCGAGGGAGGCGGCGCAGAGUCGAUAGAAGAAUGGUGUCGGAGAACUCGAGAGCGGGCUGCAAAGGCAGCAGAAGCGAAACACGAUGCGAGUACAGCCACGAGCCGUGUGGUAACCCGUGAGCCAUCUGAAGACGUGGAGAUGGAUACAGCAUAA